GUGAAGAAUUUCGUUCAUUUGAGUAAAACUCGUAUUGAAUGGUACAUCGUGGUUCGGGUGAUGCGAUUAGUUUAAUUUCAUAACGAAGUGGAAUACCAAAUGAAAGAAGCAGCAAUUUAACAAUUGCGAAAUUGUUAAAAAAUUUCUGUCUUAUUCAUAUUUCACAACAUAAAUAACGCGGUCGCGCGGAGUGUGCGACGACUUCAUUGUGAUUUUUAUUUUUAAUAUCAUUACUAAUAUUGUGACUGUGUGGGCAUACUUCACGUAUUCACGUAUUAAAGCGUCGCAAGUGCAAACAACACAAGACAAUUUAUUGGAAAUUCGCAAAAAAGCAGCAGAAACGCGAAAAAUUACUAAUUAAUAAAUUUUGAAAUACCUUGAAUUUUGUUUUCAAUUAACAUUUAUCACUCAUCUUGUGUUCUGCUGAUAAGUGGUGCAAUUUGUGCAAUUAAUAAAAUAGAAAAGAAAAAGCGUGUUUUUAACUGAAAUUUACGUUUAAACAUGAAAUUUGUUGCAACCACAAAAGCUCAAUUAACUAUACAAGCACUGAGGGCAACGAAUAUAAAUAACUUUCGCGCUGCCAGGUUAACAAUAAUAAAGAAUUUGAACUCGACGAGUACAACAGGAACAUCCUCAACUUUAGACUAUAAAAAACAAUAUUUUUUAUUAAAUACUAAAAACAGUUUUAGAAACUUUCUGAAAGUAAAAGUGAGUGAAACCCAAAGACACAGGAAUUUGAGGAAAGGCUUGAAGAACUGGAAUAAACAAAACUAUUCCAUCGCUGGUGCAUCUUGAUUAAGUGUGAAAAGAAUUUUUGGUGAUUGUGCUGAUUCUGAUUCGUUCAAAACAAUCUAGACAGCGAAUUUAAAUAAAAGGAUAAAAUUUAAUUUGUUUCAAAGAAGUAGUAAAUACUUUUCGAUUCAUUGUCUCGACAAAAGGACAGGACAGGACAACUGAUUAAGGAAUUACAAGUUUGUGCAGCAGAAAGCGCUAACACGGCAGGCAGCAUAUCUUCUCUUUCAGUUGCAACCAAAUCAUUCAACACGGCGAAUACCACAGAAUCGAUUUGCUCAUUUAAAAUUCUAAAAUCAAAGGGGAAAAGGAAUAAAAACGACAAAAUGCCGCGCCGCAAUAAAAAGAACACAAAGAAUCGCGGUGUAGAUUCUAACUCUGAAGAUGAUUCUUACAAUGAUAAUGUCAGCGUAUACUCAUACGCAUCAGAAAAUGCUCCAUCAUCUGUUAACGAUUCUGAUGAAUUGUCGUCAAAUGAACGUUUCGAGGAAAAAUUUUCACAAGCUCUAGAGAAUGCAACAGAAAAAUCAGCUCAGACUAGAGCAAUGGCUUUACAAAGUAUCUGUGAAAUACUGAUGCACCGCUAUAUGCCUGAGUAUGUUGAAGAUCGUAAAAUGACACUCAUCGAUUGCAUUGAGAAGUCAUUACGUCGCGGCAAAGGUGCUGAGCAAGUAUGGGGUGCACGUCUUGCACCUUUACUUGUACUGCAGUUGAAUGGCGAUGAGAACAUACUCAAAGCAUUAAAUCAAUUCCUUUUGACUACAGUUCAAGAUAAGACCGUUUCAUUUGAUGCUCGCGCUAAAUGUUGCACUGCUUUAGGUUUACUCAACUUUUUAAGUGCCGAAGAUAUUGGCGAAUUCUUAAAUUUAAUGCAAUUCUUUGAAGGAAUUUUCAGCGGCAGCUACUUACGUGGUGAUGACAAAACACCGAUUUCAGUUAGUGCAGAAGCAGGAACUCUGCACGCCGAAGCGCUCUCAGCUUGGGGUUUGUUAUUAACAGUUUUACCCGCUGGUGACUUUGUCUCAUGGAUGUCUAGCGGUCAAUCGAUGUUACCCUCUUUUAAGAGACUUAUGGGUUUGUUACAAUCACCCCAUUUGGAUGUAAGAGUUGCCGCUGGGGAGACAUUAGCAUUGAUUUUAGAAUGCGGACGUUCACACGAUGAGGACUUUUUGGAAGAAUAUCUUGGUGAUCUCAUUGAUACUGUAAAACAAUUGGCCACAGAUUCACAUAAAUAUCGCGCUAAACGUGAUCGCAAAGCACAGCGUGCCACAUUCAGAGAUGUGUUGCAUUAUUUAGAGGAGGAUAUCUCACCCGAAAUUAAUAUUCGCUUUGGCAAUGAAUGCCUAGUAUUGGAUUCCUGGGCCAUUCAUCAUCAAUAUGCUGCAUUAUGCGCUGUUAUGGGACCAGGCAUGUCCUCCCAUUUGCAAGAAAAUGAUUUUGUACGCGAUAUCUUUCAGUUAGGGACAAAAUUAAAUGUCACCAAUGAAUUGGGCAAAGGCAAACAAAGCAAAUUAGAACGCCACUUGAUGAAUGCCGCUGCUUUUAAAGCACGUACAAAAUCGCGCGGGAAAAAUCGCGAUAAACGCACUGCUGUUUUUACUUAAAUGUUGAAACAUUUAAAUCUUUUAAAUUUACCAAAUUUAAAUUUAUUCUGUAUAUUUAGAUAAAUA